AUGGUUAUGGAGACCUUUUAUACCUUUGAACUGUCCUUAGGUAAGAAAGUACCGGUGCAGUUCGGUCGGGUAUGCGGUUUCGGUGAUUUUAAUGGCGAUCGGAAUACAGAUGUGAUCGUCCAACGGGGGACAAAUCUAACCAUAUUGUUACAAGACGAUGAACUGCUUAACGUGAUCGCCAUUACGUUUGCAGAAGUUUAUUUUUUUGGAUCGUCAUUAUAUUCAUACAUCGUUGAGUGUUCACUUGGUGACUUUAAUGGCGAUACGAAACUUGAUGUUCUAGUUAGGAACGAUUACCACCAUUCGGUGUGGAUAUCUUCGGCUCUCGGAGACAGUUUCGUCGAACACAAAUUGGCAGCUAUUGAUGUUGACGGGAAUGGUUGGCAUGACGUGCUCGGGUUUUAUUCGAAUAGGUCAAUGUACUGCAUAACGUUCAGCCGUAGUGGAACUCCAUCUUUCGAUUGCAAUUAUCUUUUCCCCUAUUGCUGUUUCAGUGACUUCACCACGUUGGACCCCUAUCUUGGAGUGCCGCAUUUGUUUUUCCAGUACGUCGGAGCUCCUAUGGCGGCAGAUUUUGACGCGGAUGGAUUAAUCGAGUUAUUGGUACCUAUAUGCAGGAAAGAUAAUUGCAAGCAGGUUCAGACUAUAAAUCUACAUUCUUUUAAUCUUAUUGCUGAAGAACGUAACUUCGAUAUCCUAUUUGAUGAAGAUACCCUUGUGUUAUUUCGUGUUGGAGACUUUUCUCUUGAUGGAUAUCCUGAUCUUCUAGCAACGCUGGUAAUUGACAAUAUCCCAUGUACGAACUGCGAUAGGAAUGGAACGAGGAGGUUCGAGAUAAAUAAAAGUGUUUUUAUCCAGCCUAAGGAAGUUGCUAUAGGAGAGACUAAGAUGGCUUCCUUUUUUGAUCUUAAGGAAGACGGUAAUCUUGACAUUCUCCUAGAGUACAAAUCCCAUGAAGGAGAAACAAAAUUUAGCUUUAUCCCGUGCGAUGAUAAGGGUGAUGUCACUUUCCUCAAGGUAACCGUGUUCACCAGUAUUUGUGGUAAACGUUGUGCACCUUCUUCGAAAGAAUUAGGUUCUGGUGUUAGCUGGAGCGGCGCUUGUGCAAGCUUUAGUAUGUCGGACGGCUGGGGUGGAUCACUGAAAAGUUCAGCAUGUCAAAUUCCGGCAGUUACACAUCGGACCUUAGCUCCUCCAUAUAUUCUCUUUGGUCUUGGACGUAGCCCAAACUUUGUGGAUGAGCUUACCAUUGGAGCACCUCGUUAUUCCGACUCUUUGAAUUAUCGUCAGCAUACACUGAAACAACUAGUGCCGAACUCGAGGAUUAUUGUAAUUCCGCCCGAGGGAAAUUCACAUUGGCUCACAAGACUAUACGUUACUCCAUCUCAACUUAUACUUCAGAGUCUGGCAGUGAUCGCCCUUGUAUGUGUGAUGCUUCUUAUGGUGGUUGCGUUCCUGCAUUAUCGAGAAAAGAAGGAAGAUCGGGUAGAACGCCAGCAGCAGUCCCACAGAUUCCAUUUUGAUGCUAUGUAA